AGAUCUUGCAGAGUAUAAAAUUCGUUAUUCAAAUAAGACUCUUGAUAUUUUUCAGUAAACAACAAAUUCUUGUUCCUUUAAUCAAAUUUUUUAUUUGGUUUAAUCAUGGCUGGAACAAUUCUUGAGAAUCUUUCCAAUCGUAAAUUGGCGGUUGUUCUUUUCAUCAUUUUAGUGAUACAAUUUGUUUCUUUCCUGAUUGGUGCUUUUAUUGCUCCAGCUCCAGCUAAUACUGAACAGGCAACGGCUACUAUGUGUGUUCCCGAUGACUAUGAAAAAUUGGCUAUACCCUUUCAUCAAAUAGUGAAUGGUAACACAGAAUCAAAGAACUGUCAAAAACCCAAAGAGAGCAAUAAGCCGAUUGUUUUUGCUUUCCAAAUACCAUUAGCUAGAGAGAAUGUCAGGCUUGAUUACUCCCGAUGGAUGUCCAAUUUGAUAGCACUUUUGACUUUUGAAAUCAGUUAUCGAAGUUUUUCAGAUGAUUCAAGCACUUCCAUUGCCGAUCUGAGAACUAUCAAGAAAGAAAUUGGUAUGAAAGUAACAUUGGCUGCCAAAGACGCUGGCGAUGAUGAUUGGAAAAUAAUUGCUUCGAAGAAUCCUUUGAAAAGAAAUUUAAAUUGUCGGAUUAAUACACCUCAGCUUGAAGAUCAACAAGGAUAUGACUGUGAUUUGGUUCAUCUAUUUGAAUUGCAAUCGCUGUUCUACGAUUAUUAUCUAAUCAACAUCCAGAUUGUAUCAUCUCCUACUUUACGACAUGCUGAACUGACUGACUUAAACUUGGCUGCUAUUCAUCAGAAUGGUGGCUUCACAAAAGUUUGGCUAUCUCUGAAAACCGUUUUCUUUGUUAUUACUUUACUCACACUAAUUUGGUAUUGGAAUCGUCUUCAGCAACUUUCCAGAAAAACUACUUUACUCGAACGAACAAUAAUCAUGCUUGGAGUAGUGAUGACUCAACUCAAUGCACCAAUCGAAUAUCUAUCCUUGUUUUACGACUUGGGCUUCAUGAACUUUCUAAGUGAUAUUCGUCAGGGAAUCCUUUAUAGUGGUCUUUUAUCAUUUUGGUGCAUUUUCACAGGAGAACAUCUUUUAGAUGGAGUUCAAAGAUCUUGUCUAUCAUAUUAUGCCAAACAAUUAGCAAUUAUUUUGAGCGCUUCAACAGCUUUAUUUCUCUUUGAUUCGAUUGAACGUGGAAUACAAUGGAUAAACCCUUUUUUCACAAUUUGGGAAGUUGAAUCUAAUCUUGCUAUUAUCUUCAUAUUUUUAGCAAUACUUUCAGCCACCGCAUUUUUCUUGUUCCUUUGCUACCAAGUCUCGAGAGUAAGAGCCACAUUAUCUUCGAAACAAAGCUCACUUCCUUCAAUGUCAAGUACUCGACGACUAGUUUAUCAAGGAAUUAUUUACAGAUUCAAGUUCCUGCUCUGGGCUACCUUAAUUUGCGCUGGUAUAACUAUCUCAGCUUUCAUUACUAAUCAAUUCGUUGAUGAAAAUUAUCAUUGGGAGGAUGAAACUCAAUUACUUGAGCUUCAAUGGACAAGUGCCAUGUAUACAACAGUUUAUGCUAUGUGGAAUAACUAUGUCGUGGUUUUAUUGAUUCUUUACGCUCCAUCUCACAAAGGACUUGGGCCAAAUGUUGACAAUCUUUCUGAAGAAAUCGAGUUCAAUAGACUUACAUCUGAUGACCGUAUUGAAGAUAAUGGCGAAGUUUCUUCAAUCAAAGAGCAAGAAGACAAAGGCCUACCAUCCACCAGCGAAGAUAAGAGUCAUAUGUCGCUUUUACAAGAACUCACAAAUAAACAAAACAUAGACUGAGUCUUUAAUGCUGAUCAUUGUAAUUUUGAAAAAAACUAGAUCCAGCUUAAGACUCUUCGCCAGAGACAAGCAAUUUGCACUCAUAUUUUAAUAGUGUUUCAAAAAAUGCAUUUGUCUCUUAAAUAACAAAAAUCAAAACACUUUGAGUGGAUCUCAAGAAAGUGAAUAACAUUACCUUUCUUUACUUAACUUUGCUAAGCAAAUAUUUGAAAGUCAUUCUUAAUCAUCAUUUAUAAAUUUAACACAUCUCUGUCAUUUUUUCAUCAACAAUUCAUAUCCUUAAACUUAUUUCACCGAUUAUUCUUUCUGUUGUGCUAAACCUCUUUCAUGUAACUCUUAAAAAU